ACGGGGCCGCCUCCACGCUGCUGGGCGAGGCGGCCAUAAAAAACAGCGGGGAAAGGGAAGAGAGGAGGGCGGCUGAGCCGCCCCGGCACCGGGUCGUGGCGCGGCGCGGGCGGAACGUGGGAGGCCGGUUGCCGGCAGCGGCCGGGUCGGCCGCGGUGCGCAGCGGCUUCUCCCAGCACCCGGCCCCCGGAAGCGGGCGGCGCGGCGGAGCGGGCGAGGAGCCAGCCUCGGGGGCCUGUGGAGUUUUCACAUCUCUAACAAAGCGCUGAAGGACGAGAAAGGACAACGGGUGCCGGAUGCCGACUGUUCUGCGCCAGCGCCCUCCUUACUGCAAUUAUAUUUCUGUUAGAAACCUCCACCUUAUUUAAAGAGACAUUGUCAACUGCCUCAAAGCUCCUUUUUGUGUACCAUUCAUCCAGGAUUGCUGCCAUGGUGCUUAAGGUCUUCUUUCCAUCGUGCUGCUCUUCGGCAGAAAGUGGCAUUUUGAUCGGCCGCUGGAUCUCUGAACAGAACUCUGCUGUUAUCCUUGCCGUGGUCCAUUUCCCUUUUAUUCCUGUCCAGGUGAAGCAGUACCUCAGUGAAGUCCAGCGAGUGACUAAAGUCAGUGUUUCUGUGCUCGGCUCAUGGAGCAACAGCAAAAAGGAGAAAGAACAGAGUCUGAGUGAGUUCUUGGAAGACCUUGGGACAAUAUUCUCCCAUGAGCCAUGGAUUCAGAUAAGCAAAGAGAGAGACAACAAAUUCUGGAGCUGUUCUACCCUUCAGAAACACUCUAACAGCCCUAAGGAGGAAGAAAUCAUCCUAGUGUACUAUGACCAGCGCAAAGUCCUGCUUUCCCAUUUACAUCCCCCUUUGGACACAGCUGCCUCCACUGACCACAAGGCAGAGGAUGCUUCAAAGCUUGCUGCCAUUUUUGACACAGUUGCAAAGAGUAAGAUACUGUUCAUGACGGACAGAUACGAUGAUGGUCCCAUCAAGUUGACCCACUGGCAGUCGGAUGGUGUCGAAGCUAGUAUAAUCGUGGAGCUGAUGAAGCAGGCCUCUGUGCCUGUGUGCAUGUUGCUGACAUUCCUGCUUUCACUUAUCUCUGGGAUCUGCAGGAGCCGGGUGCUGAAGUUUUGGCCUUUGUCUUUCUUAUGGAGCAAACUGUCAACCUGUGAGCAGCUGGGACAUCGCCUGCAGCACCUCCAGGUCAUCAGCAGCAACAAGAAGGCUCAAAACCAGACUCAGCUAAUGAGGAAAGCCAACAUUUUUGUCUCUCUGCUGGUUGAUGUGGCUCUGGGGAUACUGCUGGUGUCCUGGCUGUACAGAAAGAACCGAAUUGGUCACCUUGCUGACACUCUUAUCCCUGUGGCUGAUCACGUAGCUGAAGAGCUCCAGGACCUACUCCAGUGGCUAAUGGGAGCACCAGCUGGACUGAAAAUGAACCGAGCUUUGGAUCAGGUUUUGGGCCGCUUCUUCCUUUACCACAUUCAUCUUUGGAUUAGCUACAUUCACCUGAUGUCCCCGUUCAUUGAGAUGAUCCUCUGGUACGUUGGUCUGUCGGCUUGUCUGGGCCUGACUGUGGCUCUCUGCAUCCUCUCCGACAUCAUUGCCCUUCUGACCUUCCACAUCUACUGCUUCUAUGUCUACGGAGCCAGGCUCUACUGCCUGAAGAUUUACGGCCUGUCAUCGCUCUGGCGCUUGUUCCGUGGGAAGAAGUGGAACGUCCUCCGGCAGCGAGUGGAUUCCUGCUCCUAUGACUUGGACCAGUUAUUUAUUGGCACUUUGCUAUUUACAAUCCUGCUGUUCCUCCUGCCUACAACUGCACUGUAUUAUUUGGUGUUUACCCUGCUCCGUUUACUGGUGGUGAUUGUGCAAGGCCUGAUACACUUGCUAGUUGACCUGAUUGACUCUCUGCCUCUUUAUUCAAUCAUCCUUCGGCUCUGCAGAUCCUACAGACUUGCAGCUGGUGUGAAGUUCAGAGUCCUUGAGCAGCAGGAUGGAAAACCUCUUCGGCUCCUUAUGCAGAUCAACCCUUUAUCAUAUGGCAGCGUGGUACAGACAUACAGGCUGCCGACCUACAGCUGUUACCCUAAGGAUUCCUGGACAUCUCUCUGCAAGAAGCUGUUCCUUGGAGAGCUAAUAUACCCUUGGAAACACAAAGGAGAGAAGCAGGACUAAAGACAGCAAAAGAACUUGAGACACUUGGUCAGAAAAACACAUUGAAUCCUAAUGCUUUUGGAUCAAAGGCAUCUCAGAGCCAGCGACUGCUAGAUACCUUUAAUUAGAUUUUGGUAACAUGGGAGGGGCUGAAUUUUUAAAGGCAAGUAUUUUUAAAUAUUAUUUUUCAACUUUCCUCUUCCCCAACACUGUGUUUGUGUGAUAUGCUAAUGAUUAUUUUUGAAGCAAAAGGUUAAACCCAUUAGUGCCUCAUGAAACCAGCAUUUCAUGUAAUCGAGGAAGUACCUCCUGAAUGGCCUGAUGAUGUGUAUAUCCUUCCAUGUGAGCUCACGGGGCCAUAGUAAAAUAGCCCUUCGGGUUGUUCAAAGCCACAAUGCUGAGGUACAUUCUGCCAAAGGGUAUUUUGGAUCUUUUAUGCUUCAGCCUUCAAGCCAGCUGAUCAAAACCAAGAUGGAAGAUCAGCUUGUAGAGUCAUACACUGAGAACUGUACAGCGGGGUUGUCUGGGUACAUAGAAUAUUUAUGCUUUUCUUUUGGGGUUGGCUUAGAUUCACCCCCACAGCACCAGGAGGUGUUAAGCAUAGAAACAGUGGGGCUGGAGGCCCAGAAAAACAAACUGCUGUACACUUGUGCCUAUAUGGUCUCAUCUACAUGUUUUUCAAAAGCAAGUAGUGUUCUGGGGAGAGCUGAGCCCUGAGCAGACACCAGAACUAAAGUGCAGAGCACGCAGCCUCAGACCCCAGACUGCUCAGGUUGACGUGGCAGUAAGCCAUGGUAGCUUAGAGCUCUGGGCUCUGCCAAGGCUCAGGGCUUCUUCGCUUAGUCGCAAUGUAAGGCAAACACAGCUUUUCUGAGUCCAGCUCUGGCUGGUUUGUCUGCCAGAGGACUGCAGCAGCCCGGCUUGUUGCACAGCUCAACCAGCUCAGGGAAGCGUGUGCCACGCUCCCUUACAGGGUCAGUAUGUCCCCCUGUUCCUCAGGGCCUGGGUGAGAGCCUUGCCAUGUAGUGCCUCAUCUUUUGCACUUGCUAAUAGUCAAGGAGCUUUUAAAGUUAUCUCAGACAUGAGUCAUUUAAAGCCACUUCUUUCCCUGAAACUAUAGACACCUUUCUCUUAGGAGAGUUUUCCUGCUUUGGACCCUACCUCCAUCAUGCAGCAGUGCUUGGCUUUUCUGUGUCCCAGUCUGAUUGUGUGCUCAUUUUGAUGUGCGUCUUCUAUUCCUUCUCUUGGGGAUAGUGCCUCUGUGCACAAGAGUGUGAUGUCCCACUGGGUACUUGGUUGUUGUGUAGACAUUUACAUACAAUUGUUACCCAAAAGAAUGCUUUCUCCAGGUCUGGUAGCUCCUCUCGCCCCAGAUGAAACAAUGAUGUAGUAUCACUGUCCCCUGCUGCUGCUUUGCACGCCCGAAGUGACUGCAUUAACUGGCAGGUGAGAGGUGUGCUGAAUCCUGCCCCCUUCUCCUCUUUCCAAGGAACCAAGGAUGGAGGAGGAAGAGGAAGAUUUGUCAUGGCUGCAGUGCUGAGCCCUUCUCUGGAAGGCUGCCUGUGUAUUCCAUUGGGAGUAGGUGGAGGCAAGGCAAGCAGUCGCGGCAAGGUGCCCUGGGCUUUAAGUAGCCUUCAGUCAGCACUUCCACUGGCAGGAUGAGAGUUUCCUACCCCAGCCCCAUGACUCAUCCAUGUACUUGAAGCUGUCACAGAGGAGAAGGGGUUAUAGACCUGCUGCUUUAAGAUGUUCCUGGACGGAUACAUUUGGUUUGUCUGUAGCUGCUCAAAGCCUCUCGUGGUGCAGCCACUGCCUCUUCAGUCGUAGCUUGAUCCGGAGAAAAUGAAGCUCUGUAGGCAGGUGCUUGGUCCAGACAUUCCUCAGCAGACAAACACAGGAGCUGCCAAGGUCUUACAGUUUUCUUAAGGACAUCGUGAAGGGAGGCAGUAUUAUAUGAGCACUGCUACCCAAAGAGGACGUCCUGUUACCUUGAUCCAGGGAAGAAGGGCACAUCACUGAAGAAAGCCAGCAUGGCAAAAGCCCUCCACCACCUUCUGCCACCGCAUGCUCUGGCCGGGACAUCACUGGCUGCAGAAACUGAAGAGACCUUUGUUCUUCUUUGAUGAUCAGUGCUUAAAAAUCAUGUACAAAUACAGGAUUAUCUUCUCUUGCAAUAUCGAAGCCCAAGUAUUUCUCCCCACUCCAGGUGUGAAUAACUCCGGGUUGUGAUCCAUUUAGUGGAUGAAUGGUCUGAAAAAUGUUUCUCACCUCAACUUAAGUCAGUCAUGGAGACCUAUCCUUACGUGGCACUCAGUGCAGCAGAUUUACACUUUACCUCCCUCUCAUGUUUCCACUGGACCUACUAAAUGAUAUUUCCCCUGCUUCCUCCCACGCCUGCAUAGUUUGGUUUACUGACUGCUGUGAGAAACUUUAUUAUUUUUGGUCUUGUGAAAAUAAUGUUCCUAAUAUCCUGGCUUUUAAAAUCUUUCCAUGGGACCAGACAGCUCACGAUGGUCCUAAUCGUGGCUGUCCUUUGGGAUCAAGUGACCUGAAAGCCACAGAGACAUGAAGACCAGCAAAUGUGACCUUCCUAUUGGGAAUCUGCCAAACAUAUUAGAAGUUUCAGUGUUGGGUCUGUUUACUAAAGGCUGAUACUGACUCCGGGGCUGAUCAAACUGAGAAAAAGCUCCUCUUCCAGCCCAAGAGCCUGAAUCUUCUGUGACACAGAGGACCUCGAGUAGCCCAGCUGAGAAAUGACAGCCCGUUGUGGGUGCAGCUCUUCUGUGUCACACAGAACCGGUGCCUGAGCUGUCUUACUGUUUCUCAUACAUGGCGUUCCUCUUGCCCCUGAUGCUAUCUGAGCCUCUGAGUUUCUUCUGCUGGAUAUUUGCCAUGUUUCUCCUCUUCCUUUCCAGUCACUGCUGUGAAAUAGUCUUCCCCCACCCUUUUCCGAUUCUGCGCAGAGGCAUUUCAACAACUUAGCAGACAUCCUGCUCAGGAACAUUUGACCUUGUGUCAUCUCUCUAAUUAGAAUUUGGGAUCAGCAUCAUCCUCCACAGCAGCACAGACUGGCCCAGCGCUGACAUUUCCUCAGGGAAGAGACUGCUGCUAAGGUUAUGGCUCUAACUUGUCCUCAGAUCCAUAUUAUCCGUAUCAGUCCUUGGAUGAGAAGUAGUUAAAGAUUUCAAAUCUUCUCUGAUUCCUACCACACACCCCUUAUAGCAGGCAACAAGCAGUCUUUGCCAAACAUCAUUCAAAGACUGUAAUCUUGAAGACUUUUUUUAAUACUGCAUUUCCUUAUUAUUAUUUUUUCCACCUUAUGGUUGCCAGUGCUGGCACAACACUCGAUGUGCCUCUUUACAUAGGCAUGGUUUUUCUGAAGGAAAACAUGAUUCACUGCAUGCAGAACUCCAUCCUAGGUAGAAAUUCUGCCUUUGAGAAAUACUUUCCUUUCCUAACCAGAAUAGCAUGUGACAAUGCUGAAAGAAAAUCUCAGUAAUUACAGUGCACUGAAGGCCCUGGUUAUGGUUUUGGGAGUUUUCCCUGAUACUGCAGCUGGACUGUGCCUUGUUCUGCUGGCACAUGUGAAUGUACCAUCAGGCCCACAGAAAGAGCGUUGCACGUAUGUAUUAUCCAUAUGUUGACUUACAGUCUCAGGAGUCUAAGGCAGGAAAAUCUCCUGAUUUGUCAUCAUGCAGAUAAUGAGUUCCUUUCCUUCUGCCCUGUGCUGUCUGAUCCUGCUGCCACAACACCCAUCUUCUUGCUGAACCCAAGUCCUUGGGGAUUUACUGUUAGUGCUUAGACCUGCUGAUUACACCAUCACAGAAUCACAGAGUGGUGGAGGUUGGAAGGGGCCUCUCAAGAUCAUCUGGUCCAACCCCACAGCUCAAGCUGGGCCACCCAAAGCUGGUUGCCCAGGACUCUGUCCAGAUGGCUUUUGAUUAUCUCCAAGGAUGGAGACUCUGCCACCUCCCUGGACAACCUGUGCCAGUGCUUGGUCACCCUUGCAGUAAAAGAGUGUUCCCUGCUCUUCAGAGAGAAUUUUAUGUGUUUCAAUUCAUGCCCAUUGCCUUUCAUCCUGUCAUUGUGUUACGCUGAGCUAGGAGACACCGUAACUCAAAUAUCUUCAGUGACUUUGAAGGUUUGCAGUUGCAUGCUGUCUCUGUCCCUGAACAGCCCUAUUCAGGGACUCUUCAGCAGUCCCUUUGCCUUUCAGGGGGUAUCUAAGCCCUCUGUGGUUAGAGAAGGUUGCCUGCUGCUCUUUGCUGGCUUUUCUGGACCUGGUAGCAGAGAGAGUUCUUGCUCUCCACCCAAACUCACUGCGUUGAGCAGGAAACUGGGGGAUGAGGAGCAGAAAGCUCUAAGCGGGCGGCACGCACGUCUGCCUGGAUCAGGGGCCUUUGUGUGAUGCUCUGAGGCUCUGCGUGGGCAAUCGCUGGCAGAGCGCUGUGAAUACAGAUGGGAUGUGGCUGCAUCUCAGGUCAUCCAUCCACAUGACAUGAGGCCCCAGGUAGUUCAGGAGCUUUUGGGUUGUAUCCCACUGUGCGGGAUAAACACGUAAGAGCAAUCCAAACCUUAUGUGGGCAGCUAAUCUGCCUUCCUGGGUGAGAAGAGUGCCCCUCACCUUUGCAUCUGGCUCACCAUUUUGCAGUGGGAGUGGAACAGCUUGCUGCUUGCAAGAGUCUCUCCCCUUCGGCUCUCAGCUGGCAGCCUCACCUCCAAUCCUUAUCCACGUCUGGGCCUGGACCUCAAGCCAAGAAUGCCCAAACUGCCCAUGUAUUGUCUCAGCAAGCUAAAUAUGAGGAGAAUACACGUGAUUACGAGUGCUGCAGGCGACAGAAGGUAAACCUUUCAUUUCCAGGCAAGUGAUGGGGUUCAGGAGCUGGUGGAAGUGCUGUGGGUGUCGCUUACCCAGGGAAGCACCAGAGCUCACCAGGGGCAGGGAGGGGCUGCGCGCACAUCUCCCAUCCGUAGUGUUAUUUAAGUGUCUGGCAUUGGGGAAAUUUGUGAGAACUUCACAACUGUUGUAAUCAAUCCUCCUACUUACAAUGCUUUCUGGUUUUAAAUAAAGUAUUGUAAAAGAGUACUGAAACAUUUACAGUUUA